AUGGCGCAGAUCAAACAAGAUCCUGAUGCCAUGUACAUCAAACCCGACCCAGAUAACAAGGAUAUGAUCCUCGAUGACCUGGACGAUGAAGACCUUUACGAAGAUGCGGGGGACCUGGACUUUACAGCAGCGAACCAACAUGUGUGGAUGUCUCGCCUACCUCGAGAGCUUUGGGAGAAUUGGGCACAGCUGGAUGACGACGAAGAAAUUGAGAUCGGAACAAUCAGGAUAGAAGGAGAGCCAAAUGAUCUGAAGCGCGUCAGCUUGCGACUUCACCAACGACCAGAUAACCAAAAUAUUCCCAAAGACUAUAUUUUACAACAACAAACCGUUACAUCCGAAAAGGCCUCACACAUCACUCAAAACACAUAUGUAUUCUCAGAAAAGGAUGUACCAGGAGCCGAUGUUCGAGCGGCAGCAUUCGGAGAGACCCGUUCGGCCCUGUAUGAAAAUAACAAGCGUGAGAUGCGAAGGAGGGAGCAGGGGAAAAAAUGGGAGCCCUAUGUUCGAAAAACUGUGCCAAAACAAACCGGUCUCAUUGGGCGGGUCAGUGAAGAAUUCAAUUGUCUACCGGUCGAAAACGCGGAAUUCCGAGCGCUAUCUGAGAAACGGGCUCUUGAUGCGCUCAAACCCAAGAAGGAGACGCGCUUUGUCGAAAAAAUCGAUCGCAAGAUUCUACUCCGGCAUCAUGCUCUUCCCACAGACUCUGGCACCUAUUCCAAUGUCCAGAAAUCCCUCAAAACCAAACCUCAAGAGAACAAAUUCACGCGUAUGCCUCAAAAUGAGCUGCUGGAUCGGAUUUUCCACCUCUUCCGCGAGUACCAAUAUUAUCCAUUUAAGGUGCUCAAGGCGAAGUUACUACAACCUGAAGCUUACCUUAAGCAAACUCUUGAGAUGGUAGCCCAUCUAGUCAAGAGCGGAGACUUCGCUAUGACGUGGGAGCUGAAGCCAGAAGCUCGACAGGCUAAUUAUGCAGCGCAAUCAUACGACGAUGCUAAAGCCGAGCUGGCGCCAGGAGCAGACAACAUGGAUGAUAUCUCUGAUGAGGACCCGAGUGGCUCAGGAAUGAUGACAGACCAGGACGAGAUGCAAUUCUAG